AUGUCGGCAACUCAGCUGCUCAACCCCAAAGCGGAGUCGAGGCGGAGAGGGGAGGCCUUGAAGGUGAACAUCAGCGCUGGUGAGGGCCUUCAGGAUGUCUUAAAGUCCAACCUUGGUCCGUCGGGGACUCUGAAGAUGCUCGUGGACGGUGCCGGUGGUAUCAAGCUGACGAAGGAUGGAAACGUUUUGUUGCGCGAGAUGCAAAUCCAAAACCCCACCGCCGUUAUGAUUGCUCGCGCUGCGACCGCUCAGGAUGAUAUCACAGGUGAUGGAACGACGUCGGUUGUAUUGCUUGUCGGAGAACUCCUCAGGCAGGCGGAUCGUCAUAUCUCAGAAGGACUGCACCCCCGAGUCAUUACGGAUGGUUACGAGAUCGCGAAGAACGAGGCUCUGAAGUUCCUCGACCAAUUCAAGAUUGAACGGACGAUCGAUCGCGAACUUCUUCUUUCCGUCGCCCGAACCUCCCUUAGUACGAAGUUGAACAGCGCUCUCGCCGAGAAGCUCACUCCCGAUAUUGUUGAUGCCGUACUUGCUAUCCACCGAGCUCCAGAGAAGCCCGACCUGCACAUGGUUGAGAUCAUGACAAUGCAGCACCGCAGCUCUUCCGACACACAGCUUAUCCGUGGUCUUGCUCUAGACCACGGUGCUCGACACCCCGAUAUGCCGAAGCGCGUCGAGAACGCCUUUAUCCUUACUCUUAAUGUCAGCCUCGAGUACGAAAAGUCAGAGAUCAACUCCGGAUUCUACUAUUCAUCCGCUGAACAGAGGGACAAGCUGGUGGAGAGCGAGCGCAAAUUCGUGGACGCGAAGCUACAGAAGAUUGUCGAACUCAAGAAGCAGGUCUGCGGUGAUGAUCCUAAGAAGGGCUUUGUUCUCAUUAACCAGAAAGGAAUCGACCCUCUGAGUCUGGACGUCUUGGUGAAGAACGGAAUUAUGGCUCUUCGGAGAGCUAAGCGGAGGAACAUGGAGCGUCUCCAGCUUAUUUGCGGAGGUAUCGCUCAGAACAGUGUCGAGGACCUUACCCCUGAUGUUCUUGGGUGGGCCGGUCUUGUCUAUGAGCACCAGCUCGGUGAGGAGAAGUACACAUUCGUCGAGGAGGUCAAGGACCCCAAGUCCGUUACUAUUCUCAUCAAGGGUCCCAACGGACACACCAUCGCACAGGUCAAGGAUGCAGUCCGAGAUGGUCUCCGAUCAGUGUACAACACCAUCGUUGAUGGAUGCGUUAUUCCUGGUGCAGGAGCGUUCCAGGUCGCCUGCCAUGCUCACCUUACAUCGGACAGCUUUCGCAAAACCGUCAAGGGCAAGGCCAGAUGGGGUGUCGAGGCCUUUGCUGACGCUCUUCUUAUUAUUCCCAAGACCCUUGCCGAUAACUCUGGACACGACAUCCAGGAUUCCCUGGCUUUGCUGCAGGAGGAGCGGGCAGAAGGCAAUGUUGUUGGCCUGGACCUGACUACGGGAGAGCCCAUGGACCCUGUGCAGGAGGGUGUGUUUGACUCUUUCCGCGUUCUGCGGAACUGUGUCGCUUCCAGUACAGGUAUCGCCUCGAACCUGCUGCUCUGCGACGAGCUCCUGAAGGCUAGGCAGAUGGGUAAACAGGGUGGACCCGGAGGCAUGGAGUAA